AUGUCUACCGCUCCUGUCCUUUAUAUCGUAUGCUGCACCGAAUCUACCUCCGGCACUGUUCUUGAUCCAGCCCGGUACAUGAACACGACCAACCCACAUACCACGAUCCUCAAAACAGAUGGUGCACGUGUAACAGCCGGAGACCAAACCAUCAGUCGCAUCUACUAUGCCGACCAAGCAAAGCCGCUGGGUAUGAUUGUUGUGUUGGGACACGCCGGCUGUACAUUGGCAUCUGGAGAUAUCGAGGGCACAAUUAGAUCUAGUGUGCAAGCCCUGAGAGCAAGCCAACACGUACGCAAUGCCAUACCUACCAUGGGCUACGUACUCGACCUGUACGCCAGUGCUCCAGGUGGACCAGCCACGGGCGCGAAUAUGAGAGAGGUCCACAUACCGAACGCCUCUGCUGCAGCAUCAUCGGCAUCGACACAGCAACAAGAUUCGGAUCAGCAACAGGGUAUGGGUCCGUUUUGGAGUUGA